AUGGGAAACAACAGCAGCUCCACGGUGGAUGACCUGCAGGCUGUCGAGAUCCACCACUGGUACAAGAAGUUCAUGACAGAGUGUCCUUCUGGGCAGCUGACAGAGCAUGAAUUCAAGCAGUUCUUCGGGCUGCGGGGGCUGGACCCGGAGGCCAACAGCUACAUCGAGCAGAUGUUCCGCACCUUUGACAUGAACAAGGAUGGGUACAUCGACUUCAUGGAAUACGUGGCUGCCCUCAGCCUCGUCCUCCGAGGGAAGAUGGAGCAGAAACUGCGCUGGUAUUUCAAGCUCUACGACGUCGAUGGCAACGGCUGCAUCGACCGAUACGAGCUGCUCAACAUCAUCAAGGCCAUUCGAGCCAUUAACGGCGGUGACCACGAAACCAGCGCAGAGGAUUUCACCAACCGAGUCUUUGACAGGAUCGAUGUCAAUGGAGAUGGUGAGCUUUCCCUGGAGGAAUUCGUGGAGGGGGCGAGGAAAGACGAGGAGUUCAUGCAGGUUAUGAUGAAAAGCUUGGACCUGUCUCACAUCGUGGCCAUGAUCAACAACCGUCGGCACAGCAUAUAG